AUGGGUUUAUCUAUGAUUAAUGCUAUUGAAGAAUUUGAUGAAGAUAAUAAUGAACAAGUUGAUAUGAGAGUUGAUGUUGAUUCAGGUUCUGUUAAUUGUGGUAUUGUUGGUACAAGAAAAUGUAAAUUUCAUAGUUUUUCAAAUAAUGUUACAUUAGCUAAUAAAAUGGAAUUAAGUGGAAAAUCGGUCAUUACUAUGUCUGAUAAACGUAUUCCCUUUCAUUUGCGCGACAUUAAUAAUCCACCACCUCAUCUUAAUGAACAACAACAACAACAACAAACAUGGAUCGGUACAGCAAAGAAGACGAAGAAGAAUCAUCAACUACGACAACAAUAUCCACCAUUCGUUGUACCAACAUCCAUGUAUGAAGCAUCAGGAUCAGAUCCGAACUAUUCAACUUUAUCAACAGCAACACGAAAUAAAAUGAUACACUAUGCAAUUUACGACUGUUUUGCAACGACAUAUUUUAUUUGUCCUGUUUUACAAUAUUGGCCAUUUCAGCAGGUAACCAACAUUAACAUUUUUGAAUUAUUUCAGGCAUUACCACCAUCAUCUCAGGCAAACAACAACAUAUGGAAAACAAAUGUUAAUCAACAAUGGACUACAAGCAUUAUUGGCGAUGAUAUUGAAUUUAUUUCUGAUGAUGAUAAUCAAUCAUCUAUAGUAUUAUCAACUGGUAAUGAUGAUUUAUGUAUCAACAACUAUAAUGUGGUUGAUGAUGACAAAGAUUAUGAACAACAACAUUUACCAGUGAAACGACGAUCAUGUCGUCAAAGACGAACAAUUGAAGCUCGAAAACGACAAAAUCGAAAACGGACCAAUGUUUUUCGAUUAAGACGUUAUCAUUAUUUUAUCAUCCGUCGAAUAUAA